CAAGCCAAGCCUUCAAUCGUGCUCUUUCUCUCUCCCGUUAAAAAUCUCCCGAGUUCAGUACGAACAUUUCGCUUUUAAUACUUGAUCCCAUCACUCCAAGAAACAAAACAGGUACAACACAGUUCCACAUUCCCCAUUGCAUGGUCACAACCACAAGCUUCGCCAUGAAAUCCAAGCCUUACUCUCACCACCACCUCAGUCGCCAGAACUCAAAUGGUGCCGGUGGCUACGCUAGUGAGAGUAGCAACAGCGGCAGCAACUCACCGAGUCCCCCUCCCUCACCGCGCCGUCAUGCUACCGUCUCGCAUUAUCGUCGGCGACUCCGUACCAAGACUAACUCGUUUUCGCUCCGUGAUAACUUAGGCGUUAGUUUUCUUUUCCGGUGGAACUUCCGGUACUUGGUGCUGCUCACUCUGUUGUACGUUUCGGGCUUGAUCAUGUGUGUGGGCCCCUUCUCUGAGCUUAUUGGAUUCCCUCCGGUUCCCGGGUCGGUUUAUAGAAGUCACGAGAUCUUUGAGAAGCUUUGGGAUGAUAUUCAGUUUGAUAAUUCUUCGGCCAUUGAUUUGUCCUCCGUAUGGAAACGCAGGAGACUGAAGAUGCAGAAACCCUGUCUAAAUUCAACAGCUGGACAGCAUUUUGGUGUAGAAAAAGAGUCCGGCAGCCCAAGCGGUUACUUGAUUGUUGAGGCUAAUGGCGGUCUCAACCAACAACGAUCUGCGAUCUGCAAUGCAGUGGCUUUAGCUGGACUUUUAAAUGCAGUACUUGUCAUACCUCGUUUUGAGUUGAACAGUGUUUGGAAGGACCCAAGUGAGUUUGGAGAUAUAUAUGAUGAGGACCACUUUAUAAGCACCCUUGAUGGCUAUGUUAAGGUGGUCAGAGAACUACCUGAUCUCCUGAUGGAAAAAUAUGAUGACAAUAUUACUAAUAUUCCAAACAUUCGUGUCCAAGCUUGGGCUCCUGCUAAAUAUUACAUUAGAGAAGUUUAUCCUGUCUUGAAAGAGCAAGGGGUGAUCCGAAUUGCCCCAUUUGCUAAUAGACUGGCAAUGAAUGUACCGCCUCAUAUUCAAUUGCUGCGAUGCAUAGCUAAUUACAGAGCCUUGAGGUUCUCUUCCCCCAUAUCAACACUAGCAGAGAAACUACUUAAGAGAAUGAUUGAGAAAAGUUCAAAGACUGGUGGAAAGUAUGUGUCCAUCCACCUUCGUUUUGAGGAGGACAUGGUAGCCUUCUCAUGCUGUUUAUAUGAUGGGGGAAAGGCUGAAAAAGUUGAAAUGGAUUCAUUUCGAGAAAAAUGGUGGAAGGGGAAGUUCAAGAGAAAAGAUCGUGUCAUCGUACCUGGUCUGAAUCGUGUCAAUGGAAAAUGCCCUCUAACCCCCUUGGAGGUUGGGAUGAUACUACGUGGUAUGGGAUUUAAUAACAACACUUCGAUUUAUUUAGCCUCGGGGAGAAUUUACCAGGCAGAAAGACAUUUGGCUCCCUUACUAAAGAUGUUUCCCCUUCUUUAUACAAAAGAAUCUCUUGCAACCCCGGAUGAACUUGCUCCUUUUAAGGAGUAUUCUUCGCGGCUGGCUGCGUUGGACUACACGGUAUGUUUGUUUAGUGAAGUUUUUGUGACAACUCAGGGUGGAAAUUUUCCCCAUUUUCUAAUGGGCCAUAGGAGAUUCCUUUUUGAUGGACAUGCAAAGACCAUUAAUCCUGAUAAACAAAAGCUUGUUCUUCUACUCCAGAACAUGAACAUCAGCUGGAUGACUUUCAAGGAAGAGAUGGGAAUAAUGCUCUCUGAAAACGAUCGCAAGGGAAUUAUGGUACCCAGAGUUCGUAAAAUCAAUAGAAAAACUUCCAUUUACACAUUUCCUUUGCCAGAAUGCCGUUGUCUCCAACAAUCAAAUAACACAAUAUUAAAAUUGACCAAUUCUGUAAACCCUCCAAGUUCCCAGUUGGUGUCUGCAAGAUGACAAUCCGAUGUUUGUUUGGCUUCCUUCACUU